AUGGGAUUCGGUUUUGUGGCACUGUGUUAUCUAAUUGCAUUAAUUGCAGUUUCUUUCUGCAUAUUUUUUGCUAUCUACACUGUAAGUUUGGUUUUAUAUAUUGUUUUAGAUAAAUAUUUCUUAAAAGUUGGUGUCACUUUCAAUUUUUUAGAUAAUAAUAUUGCUAAUUGUUAUUAUCUUUAGGUGAUAUGUAUUGACGAGCUUAAAACCGACUACAAGAACCCUAUAAGUCAGUGUGACAACUUGAACAAGCUCAUCCUCCCAGAGUACGCCAUCCAGAUCGUGUUCACCUUCCUCUUUAUAUGUUCAGUUCAACUCUUUGCCAUCGUCUGGAAUCUGCCUUUGGCUGGCUAUCAUAUCUAUCGGUAAGAGUGUUAUCUUUAUAUUUUAUUGUUGUUUAGUUAUAUUCACCGUCCAAUCAUGCGAGAGCCAGGAAUCUAUGAUCCAACCACCAUCUUGAACAACGACGAAUUGAAGAAAGCCAACCGGGAAGGGUGGUGUAAGCUCGGCUUUUACCUAAUCUCUUUCUUCUACUAUCUUUAUGCGUAAGUCAACCAUUUUCAAUAGUUUUUGGAGGGGUUUGAAGUAUUUUGGGAUAACAUUGAGUGGUUUUGGAUAUUAAGCAACACUAAAGUAAUUUUACCAAACUCUUUAAAUACAGGGUAGUAUAAUUUAAUAUAAAAUACGUUUCUAAAGCCAAGUAAAACUUUUUUUUUUUAAAUUUGUAAUAAUGGUCAAUAUUCUAAUCAAAGGUAUCUUUUUUCAGAAUGAUCUACACCUUGGUGUCCACUUAA